CCCCUCACUCGCUUUGGAAGAAAACCAAAUAAAAAUCGAGUACCAUAAGCCAAACCCUAACCAACCAACCCCAUCAUUCACUGUACGGACUUUCCCUCCACAACGCCCGAAACCAGGAUAGCAAUGGAUCAUCAAGGGCAUGGACAAACCCCAGUAAUGGGAAUGGCUGGUAGUGCAGCUCAGUUGCCAUAUGGGACAAACCCUUAUCAACAUAACCAAAUGGGUGGAACCCCUACUUCCGGAUCAGUAGUGACAUCAGUUGGGACCAUUCAGUCUCCAGGGCAUCCAGCAGGAGCUCAGCUUGCACAACACCAGCUUGCUUAUCAGCAUAUGCACCACCAGCAGCAACAGCAGCUACAGCAACAACUCCAGUCUUUCUGGGCAAAUCAGCAUCAAGAAAUCGAGAAGGCUACUGAUUUUAAGAACCAUAGCCUUCCCUUGGCAAGAAUCAAGAAGAUCAUGAAGGCAGACGAGGAUGUAAGGAUGAUAUCAGCCGAGGCACCAGUGGUAUUUGCUAGGGCAUGUGAAAUGUUCAUUUUGGAGUUAACUUUGCGUUCUUGGAAUCACACAGAAGAAAACAAAAGGAGGACUCUGCAAAAGAACGAUAUUGCUGCAGCUAUCACAAGGACUGAUAUCUUUGACUUUUUGGUUGACAUUGUGCCAAGAGAGGAUCUCAAAGAUGAAGUACUCACGUCAAUCCCAAGAGGAACCAUGCCAGUUGGGGGGGCCUCUGACACAGUCCCUUACUACUAUAUGCCUGCUCAACACUCGCCUCAGGUUGGCACGCCUGGAAUGAUCAUGGGCAAGCCUGUUAUGGAUCCUGCUUUAUAUGCCCAACAGCCUCACCCCUACAUGGGUCAAUCAAUGUGGCAAUCACAGGCACCACAGCAAGAGCAUUCACCCUCAGAUUCUUAGCGGCUGCAGCACAUGAGUGAAGGAAGAGGAAUUUUGGUUCAUCAAAACUUCUGGUGAACUCUGGCAGAAUGAAAGUAUAGGCCUUCUCUACUAAUGAACGAUCAAGAUGCAAGCUGAAGAAAAGCAUACUUUUGUAAAGAAAAUGCUUGAACAUGGCAGCUGAUUUUGAUUGAAUCUAUCCCUUUUUUUUUUGGUGGUAGAAUCUUACAUUUCCAGUCAGUAAUGUAUUUAUAUGUCUACCUUCAGCUGCCUAGAAUGAAACUGUAGUUUUGUUCUUUACGCUA